AUGACAUCACUACGCCCAAAAGGCGCACUAGUCCCCUUCACUCCAGCUCUACUACCAACGAGCCAAACAAUCUCAGGGCGAACAAUUCUCCUCGAGAAACUCUCCCCAAAACACGCCGACGACCUCUUCACCUUUACCGGCGGGCUUGAACCAUCCAAAGAAGCCCUCUGGGACUACUUACCCGAGGGGCCGUACCUAGAUGCCGAAACCUUCAAAGCCAGCAUUGCAUCGAAAUCCACUUCAACAGAUCCAUUCUUCUACGCAGUCAUCGACAAGCGUAACUGUCUUCCAAGUUUCGGGAAAGCAAUUGGAUAUCUCUCUCUGAUGCGCGUUACUCCCGAUCACUUGGGCAUCGAAAUCGGGAAUGUGCUGUACUCGGCUGCGCUCCAGCGCACGACUGGCGCGACAGAGGCGAUCUAUCUCCUAGCUCAGUAUGCUUUCCAUGACCUUGGGUAUAGGAGGUUGGAGUGGAAAUGCAAUUCUCUAAAUGAGCCUUCACGCCGUGCGGCUUUGCGCUUAGGAUUUUCGUUUGAAGGCGUCUUUCGACAGCAUAUGAUUGUUAAGGGGAGGAAUAGGGAUACGGCUUGGUUUUCUAUUUUGAGGGACGAGUGGGAUGCUUCGCUGAAGGCUGCCAUGGAAAAAUGGCUGGAUGCUGGGAAUUUUGGGGAGGAUGGUGGCCAGAUUAAGUCACUACAGGACUUGAGAGCUGAGUUGUGUUGA